CCUGUCACGUGACCGACACUUCGCAUGCUCCUUAAAACACACAGCCCCAGCCCUGAGACAGGACGGGAGCACCAACCCCGAGACAGGAGCGCCUCUUCGGGCUGACACCGAGCAAGCACAGCGACACACCGAGGGGACACAACUAGGGGGACACACAGCGCGACCACCGGGACUACGGACGCCCUGCACAGACCAUCAGACCAUCAGCAGCACAUACGUCUCUUUACUGAAUCGUUAAACUCUUUCAAGCCACUCUUCUGCACAAAUAUUUGACUUAAAACCAGUUUGGGCUCACUGGUUCCUGCGUGUGUCCAGCAGGUGGGGCCAUGUCUGUGCAGAGGCUGGAGGAGUUCAGAGAACGUAUCCGCCAAGAACUGGACCGGACUGUGAACUUCUGGGUCAAGCACUCCCAUGAUCCUGAACACGGGGGAUUCUUCACUUGCCUCGGCAGAGAUGGUCAGGUUUACGACAAGCUCAAGUACGUGUGGCUGCAGGGUCGGCAGGUGUGGAUGUACUGUCGGCUGUACCGCACCGUGCCGCGCUUUCACACAGACGAGAUCCUGCAGGCCGCCAAAGCAGGGGGAGCAUUCCUCAGAAAACACGCUCGUGUGGGGGGCAGCAGUGGUCCGUGGAAGUGUGCCUUCUGUCUGAGCAGAGAUGGGAAAGCCGUGAAGAUCCAGAGGAGCAUCUUCAGCGAGUGCUUCUAUAUCCUGGGCCUGGACGAACUGAGCAGAGUCACAGGAGACAGGGACAUGCAGGCAGAGGCUGAGCAGAUGAUGGAACAGAUAGUGCACUGGGUGCAGGUGGACCCCUCAGGCCUGGGGCGCCCUCAGCUCCCGGGGGACCCUCCCUCAAGCAGCAUGGCUGUCCCCAUGAUGCUGCUGUGUCUGGUGCAGCAACUGAGCGAGGACCGUGGCCCCGAGGCAGCCCUCAAGUACCAGAGCGUGGGCCAGUGGUGUGUGCAGCAGAUCCUCAUGCAUCUGCAGAGAGGAGGGACAGCCGUGCUCGAGAAUGUGUCUGUGGAUGGGGCUGAGCUGGAGGGCUGUCAGGGCCGACUACAGAACCCAGGACAUGCUCUGGAGGCCGGAUGGUUCCUGCUGCAGUACGCCUCACAGUGGGGGCUCCAGGACCUGCAGCACACAGCCAUCACAAGCUUCAUGGAGGGGCCCUUCCACAGCGGCUGGGACCCAGAGCAUGGGGGCCUCUUCUAUUUCAGGGACGUUGACGGUCACUGCCCCACACAGUUGGAGUGGAGUAUGAAGUUGUGGUGGCCGCACUGUGAGGCUCUGGUGGCCUUCCUCAUGGCGUACACACACACCCAGCGCCCGGAGCUACUGGAGCGCUUCACCCAGAUCUAUGACUACACCUUUAAACACUUUCCAGACACUCAGAGUGGAGAGUGGUUCGGAUACCUCACUCAAGAGGGCAAGGUGGCUCUGGACUUUAAAGGAGGACCCUUCAAAGGGUUCUUUCAUGUGCCACGUUGCCUUCUUAUGUGUGAGAACAUGCUGGACCAGAUCCUGGACCAGGACCAAAUGAAGAGCCAGACCUCAGACUAGAACCAGACCUACGACCGGGACUAAAACCAGACCAGGUGGGAGCUGUCAAUCAACACUCUGCUCUUUCUUUUUAUAAUGGUGAUUUUAUAAAAUUAUGUUUUUUUAAUAUAAUUACAUAAUGAUUGCAGUGUCAUAUAAAUAAAAUAAACAAUUGUUUGCUGAUUGUGGACUUGACACUCUCCAGUACUGUUUAUGUUUGGUCUAUAUUUGUAUGAUAUGAAGACCUCUGUGAUUCUACUUCAGUUGUGGAAUACAGACAUUUGUGAUUAAAGUGAAUCAUUUGAACUGUAA